GUAGGGGCGGCAAGAAAUAUGUAACUUAGCCUAAAUUGACCAUUGCGAACUAUAAAAGUCUAUGCUCCGAGCUGUAGUAGAAUAUUGUUUAAAAUCCACUAAACAGUAAACAAAGCCAAAAAAUACAUCAACAUGUUCAAGAUCCUUCUCGCCUGUGCUUUCUUCGUUGCCGCCCAAGCUUCUUAUGGUGCUGGAUACGGUCUUGAAAAUGCCGGUUAUGCCGCCCAAGUUCAACCCAGAGCCACCGUCAGCUAUGGCAAGAACUACGGCAGCUACGGUGGUUAUGGAAACAACUAUGCCGGUUAUGGCUCCGUUGCCGGUUUGGUCGACACUCCCCGUUCCGCCGUCGACGGUCAAGUCUUGGGUUUGGCUCGUCAAGCUUUGGCCCUCCCCUCCGCUGGUUCUCCCAUGAGAGCUGCCGUCAAUGUUCCUCUUUUCCACACCACCUCCUACACUGCCCCAGCUGUUCGUGCUGUUCCCGCCGUUCCCCAUGGUGCCACCGGCUCCACUGCCGCCGCUGCUGCCAGCAAUGUCGAUAAGAACCACGCCAAAACCUACGGCAAACAAGCCUAUGGCGGUUACUGA